UACUACAUCACUGUGUGUGUCUUUCCCUCCUAUUACUGUUGGUCAGCCUCCCGAGCACCAGUACCGGAGUGUGAUAAGAGCAGCUAUGCAGCGUGAAGGCCAGCUCUCAUCCAGAACCUGAUGGUAACCACUGGCCAGCAAGCACUUUUUGAAGGUUUAUUGGAGAGUCCUUUUGGUUCUACUGAUCGAGUUAAAUGCAAGGAAAGCGCAGAGCUCCAGAUGCCAUUUACAGAAGAGAGCGUGAGUGAUAAGAGGACCCGCUGAGUGACCAGAAAGUUGUCGAGCGGAAGAAACCAUUUCCUUUUGUUUGCCUUCUGAAGAACCUUGAUUGCUACUUGUUUCCGCUGAGGGCUCUACUCUGUGAGGGUGAAUGUCUUUAUGGAAAAGUUCUUUCUGAUUUUUUUCUAGAACAGUAUUCUGAUUUUAAUAAGUAGAACUAAAGCAAGAUCAAAAAAAAGAAAGAACUAAAAACAAAAAGUAGGACAAAGCUGUAAGGAUGGCCAAUUCAGGAUUUCAGCUCUUGGGCUACUUCUUGGCUCUUGGAGGAUGGAUUGGGAUCAUCUCGACGACGGUGCUGCCCCAGUGGAAGCAGUCAUCGUACGCAGGAGAUGCCAUCAUCAUGGCAGUCGGGCUGUACGAGGGUCUGUGGAUGUCCUGUGCAUCCCAAAGUACAGGACAGGUGCAGUGCAAGAUCUUUGACUCGCUGCUGUCACUUGACAUUCACAUUCAGACGUGUCGAGCUCUGAUGGUGAUAUCUGUGCUGAUGGGCUUCAUUGGCAUUAUAGUGAGUGUAGUGGGCAUGAAGUGCACCAGGGUGGGUGAUAACAAUCCCGCCACCAAGGGCAAAAUCGCCGUGGCAGGAGGAGGCCUUUUCCUGCUUGCAGGUUUGUGUACGCUGGUGAGUGUAUCCUGGUACGCAACGCAAGUCUCUGUUCACUUUUUCGAUCCCAACACACCUCUAAAUGCCAGGUAUGAAUUUGGCUCCGCCCUGUUUAUCGGAUGGGCGGCGGCCUGCUUGACGAUCCUGGGCGGCUCCUUCCUCUGUUGCUCCUGCGCUAACGAGGCCCGAGGCGGGCAGCAAUACUACCGGCAAUCACAACCCUCUACUGCCAGGGAGGCUGAGUUAUUGAGUGAGACUAGUUUCCCUGACUGACCAAACCUCCCUGCCUUUACUUGAGGACUGGUCAAGCUCUGCUCUCUGUUUCUGUCCCAACUCUUCUUCUACCUAGAUUUCAAAAUGUCUCUUUGUGUCAUUUGUGUCAUGUCUCUUUUAUUCUUUAAAUCAGAACCUAAUCAAGAAAAAAUUGUGCCUCAAAGCCUUUUUGUGUUUUUAUUUGUGUGUGCGCAUGAGUUUGAUCCUACGUACCUAAGUCUUUGCUAUAAACAUGUCCUCAACGUCAUUUCUAACGCACGCAAGAACACAAGUAUGAUUUUUUUCAGUUUUAACUGCAAACCUAAACAUGUCUUUUUUUAAAUUGCAGAGGAAAUGUUAAAAGUUCUCCACCAGACAAAGGGGAGCAGUUCUUGUAGUUUGGGAGAGGGCAACUCCGUUGGUCUCACGCUGGGUUAGAUUUUGGCAACUGACAAGACACUCUCUUGAUGAUAAACGUUAUAUAAUUUACGAUUAAAAUGGUUAUGUUAACAAACAAAAACAAAACCAACAGAAAUGACAUACUACUGUUUAAACCAUCUGUACUGUUUAUCCAUCUUGUAUAUGCCUUUGAUUUUCUUUCUUAGAUAUAAAAACUUAAUUACAAUAAAAAUAUGAUAUUGUACUGUACAUGUCUAGAAUUGAUCUAUAUUCCACUGGAAUAAAAAUACGUUCAACAUGGAGUGAGCCAAACGUAGAGAUUGUGGAAAUGGAAAAAAAAAAGGUUUUUGAUAUUGUUGUUGGUUUUUUUUGUUUUGUUUUGUUUUGUAAUAUUAGACCUCAGUUGUAUCUUUGAUAAGACUUGAUUCAGGGUACGUUAAUGAUGCAUUUGAUCACUUAUGCAAGAUAUUCAGUGUUGUUGUGUAGUGAAUAAAUUCAUAACCGAG